AUGGGGCAGACAUCCCCCGAAGCUUCGAAUGAGGACUAUGAAAAUGGCGUAUCCAACCAGGCCCACGACGGCAACACCAACACCGAAGGCCAUCAGCUCCAACCGUUUAACUCCAACGUCAAACGCCCCCAGUCCCUCGCCAGUGAAAUCCUCUUCGUCGCAGUCAUCUGCUCCUCCCAGCUCCUCACUCAAGCCGGUCUUGCCCUCAGCAUCGUGCCCCAACACAUCAUUGGUCGCUCAUUCGGCAUCGACGACCAGCCUGCCCAGCUGAGCUGGUUCUCCGCGGGAUACUCUCUCACCGUCGGCACCUUCAUCCUUAUCGCAGGGCGCCUGGGCGACGUCUUCGGCCACAAGCCCUUCUUCGUUGGCGGCUACGCCUGGUUCGGCUUGUGGUCCGCCCUCGCCGGCGUCGCCGUCUAUAGCAGCUCCAGCUUCUUCAUCUUCUGCCGCACCAUGCAGGGCAUCGGCCCGGCUUUCUUACUGCCCAACGCCAUCGCUAUCCUCAGUCGCUGCUACGACCCGGGGCGUCGCCAGAACAUGAUCUUCAGUCUGUUCGGUGCCACCGCCCCCGGUGGCUUCGUACUCGGCGCCGUUUUCUCCAGCCUGCUUUCCCAGAUGACUUGGUGGCCCUGGUCCUAUUGGGUCUUGUGCUUUGCGUGCCUUCUGCUGACCGUUUUGGGCGUCUUUGUCAUUCCCGCAACCCCGGCGCCCAGCAAAACAGAGCCUGACGAUCCCAGUAUCUGGCAGCGUGUCGAUAUCUUCGGCUCCAUCACCGGGGUGGUCGCCCUGGUCCUCUUCAACUUCGCCUGGAACCAAGGCGCCGUUGUCGGCUGGCCGACACGUUACACCUACAGCAUCAUGAUUGUCGGCAUCGUCAUGUUCGUGGUCUUCGUCGUCGUCGAGAAGAGGGUGAGCCACCCGUUGAUCCCCUUCGGCGUCCUGCAGAUAGAAUCCCUCUUCACUCUAGCCUGUAUCAGCGCCGGCUGGUCCAGCUUCGGAAUCUUCGUCUUCUACACCUUGAAUCUCCUCGAGGUCCUGAGGGACCAGACCCCUCUGCUCACGUCCGCGCAGUUCACUCCGGUCGCCAUAAGUGGGCUAUUUGCUGCGGUUACCACCGGUCUGAUCUUGAGUCACUUCCGCACUUCGACUGUAAUGCUCAUCUCCAUGACCUUCUUCCUCAUCGGCGGAAUCAUCUUUGCGACUGUACCAGUGCACCAGACCUAUUGGGCGCAGACUUUCGUGGGGAUCAUCGUCCUCCCGUGGGCAUCAGGGCCUUGCUGCGUCGCUGGUCAACACAUUUGUCAACUACUCGAUCUCCAUUGGGCUCGGGGGCGCAUUUUAUCUGGGUGUCGGUCUCUCGGGCCUGGGUGUAGCUGUGGCUCUGGUUUUCUGUUUUGUGGAGCGGCAUCAGGAAAGAGCGAAAUACAGGAGUAUGUUUAG